AUGUCAUUUUCCCCAUCAGAGCAGAAGCCAGAAGCAGAGCGAGAGGAAGGAUUAUUAGAUAUAGGCAGCAAAUGCAGUACACUCAAUUGCCCUAAUAUCGACUACCUCAUUCACGAAUGCACGAAAUGCCACAGAAGGUACUGUUCAGAGCACAGAUCGGCUGUAUUUGACUGCUGCCAGCGGCAGAGCACGCAGAAGCGCGACAAAACACACAAAGUGUUCGUUGCUUGCACACUCCCUCGCUGCUCCAGUGAGGCUUUCAGCGGGAGCGAGUACUGUCUAGCACACCGCCACCACGCUGCACCCAUCCAAACGGCCCAGAAAGGCUCUGUGAGCAAGCAGCAAGCGUCUAAACUUGAUGCUAUUAGGGCUAAAUUUGGUAAGACUACGCCCAUGACGCCGAGUACGGGUGGCACGGCUACUAAAACCAUGCAACACAAACCAAUUGAUAGACGCGUAUGGAUGAUGAAGACGCGCAUGAAUGCUAAACCCCUGCGCGAACACCUCGAUAGUAACCACCGGGUGCAUAUUUCCGUAUCUCUAUCCCAGUCCAUUUCUCAUGUCGAUAUUAAUCUCGAUUCGUGUAGUUUCUUCUACUUGAACAAGUCACUCAGUAUGGGUAGAGUGCUCGAUCUGCUUGCAGACAAGCUCUCUGUCGACUCCUCUGAGUACUAUCUAUACCACCACCAGCAGCAAAGCAAUACAAAACUCAAUCUCAAUCUCAACCUAUCCGCAGCGGCGGGCGACAUACCUGGUCUCGACUGUGCACAUCUAAUCCUCGUGCAAAAGGCAGGUGUAGGUGAGUGA